UUAAAUACGACUUGAGUGUCAAUAUGUCUUAGCCUAGCGCUCCCUCCAGCAUUAAUAAUCUUCAAGGUCACGGCAAUUACCGAUACUGCUCCAUCGUGGCAUUUCCUUUUACGAGGCCAGCUCAGAACAUUCUCCCCAGUAUUCUAUCCAAUUGAGUCUGACAAUCCAUGUUGACAUUGAGUUUAGGUACGUGUUUGUCAGCACUUGAUGAGGAACCUGGGGAGUACAACAUAGUCGGUUUUAAGGGUUCAUGCUACUAUUAUCAUUAUGGUGCUCAAGGUGUCAAUGACCAAGGCUGGGGCUGUGGUUACAGAACACUGCAAACCAUUUUGUCUUGGUACAAACUUACAAAAUCCUGCCCUUUCGAUGUACCUACUUUACUAGAAGUUCAGAAUAUAUUGCAUGAAAUCGGAGACAAGCCUAGAGUUUUUGUAGACUCUCAUGAUUGGAUUGGAACAUACGAAUGUGGAUUAGUAAUACAACACCUGACAAAGCAUGAUUUUAAGAUAAUACGUGUGGAAAAAGGCAAUUUUACGGAGGAAAUCAUCAAAUUUCUUAUUCAUCAUUUUCAAGCAGAAGGAUCACCAGUCAUGCUCGGAGGAUACGACGACAGUUCAUCAAAAGGAAUUAUUGCAGUAAAAACGUUUCUUGACCAGCCAACAAUGUUGCUAACUUGUAUCUCGUUUGUGUUACGAACAUGUAUGUAGACUAAGAAUUAUACUUGACAAUUAAGCCAGUACCUAAAAUCCUUGGCUAAACAGUCUGACACUUUGUAAGCUGAACGGUUUAAUGAAACAGUUCAUUGUUUUGUUCAAGAAUACUGCAAAAAUCGAGAGAAUCAUUCAAGUUGUCUAUCAGAAAUGCUUUGUAUUCUAAUGGUGACUAUAUUGAUUGUGCUUGACAGUCCAAGUGUUUGGAAUUCAAUAGGCAUCACUUGUGUUUGUCACCAUAUUCGUUUUACACUUGAACAUAAAUAUAGGAGGAAGUGAAUUGUGCUUUAUUUUAUUUAUUUAAACACAAAUAUUGGUACAAACGGGCACCGGAUAUAUAUAUAUAUGCGCCACACAAAUCUCAUUUGAUUUGUGU